AUGGUUGUGAGACUGGAUUGGAUGUGGCUGGGAUGUUUCCUGAUAUUGAUGGCAGCUGGAGGGGUAGGAGUGGCAAAAGCAGGCAUCAUUACAGACACUUACGGUAACACCGGCUGGGGAAAUGGAACCAUGACUUGGGGAACAGGACCUAUGGGAAUAGCCUAUAAAACUGUGAACACCUACUCAGACGAUGGCCUAGGUUUGUUAUUCGCCUUUACAAGAAGCUUCAUCAACACAGUGCAGCCAAAUGAUUUUCCUUUCAGUCUCAUCAAAGAUGUUUUAAACAACAAUUUUGAUAUUGGAGAACGUUAUAUGGAGCUGGUUAACUACGCUAUGGGGUUUGGAAUAUGUUUUGUCCUCGGAUUGCUCUACGUGAUCUUUAUGCCGGUCUGUGGGUGCUGUUUCUGCUGCUGUCGUUGCUGUGGUAAUUGUGGUGGUGAUCUCAAACAGGUGUACGACGAAAAUGAAGGCUGUAAAAGAAUGGGGUUUGCGCAGGCGCUCUUCCUAAUCUCAGUUUGUUUAUUUGCUUCUGCAGCGUGUGUUUAUUCCACAAAUGACCGAUUUACAAAGGCUCUUGAUUACGCCGAUAUUACCAUCGCCGACAAUCUGGACGAUUUAAACUCCUACAUCAACAAUUCGGCUAGUGAGCUUACAUACAUUGCACUGGAUAUGUAUGACAUCGUGAGUCGAUCUAUCAUAUCGGAUAUUGGAGAUCUUGGUCCACUGGUAUACAACUCUAUCAGAUCGACACUUGAUAUUACAACAGUCAUCGACACUAUCAUCGCCCUUGAUACGACUUUAAAUUCCAUCAGUACAAACAUGGCACAAGUGAUUUCUGAUAUCACGGCUCUACAGAGUGCGGCUAAUACUCUGGAAUCAUCGAUGAAUACUCUAGCUUCUGACAUCACCACUACAAAAUCAUCUUGCUCCAGUGACUGCGUACCUACCACCGCCUGCGAUAGCUUCUCUACAUCUGGACUUACUGUAGAUGCGGAUUUUUCCACGUUACCAGAUCUAACGUCGACUCAAUCGGCUGUGGAUGCUGUGGUGGCACAGAACCUCACUGGUAUCGCCAAUUCGGCCAGUUCUGCGCUGGACGGCAUAGCGGUCACUGUUAACAGCUCCACUGUGACGGUGCGAGAUUCCCUUCAAACGACGAUGGAUACAUUCAAAAGUACCCUAAACACCAUGAUAGAUGACCUUAUGAGUAACCUGGACACCGAGUUUGGUACUGAUAAAAUAAAGGCGGACAUGAAAACUCUUUUCACGACUGCAAAGGACUACGAUCUGUAUCGGGUAUACUUUGGGUAUGGUUUAAUGGGCGUAUUCUCCUUGAUCCCGCUGAUGUUCUUGAUUGGUAUCUUGUGUGGUUGCGCAUGCCUGGGAGAGAACGUUCGGCCAACGGAAAGAGGAUGUAUUCCAAGCUGUGGUGGCUGUCUCAUGAUGAUAGGCACAGCGCUUAUCUUCCUACUCUCCGGUUUCCUGAUGCUGCUAACCACACUUUCUUUUAUGAUUGGCGGAAACUUAGAAAAAAUCUGUCAGACAAUGAUCGACCUGACCAUUUUCAAAGACUUUCUGGAUAGUGGAGCACUCUCAAGUUUUAACAUGGGAGAAAUGUUGUUGAGUAAUGCAUCAAUCACCAUCAGUAUGUACGGCCUCCUCAUCGGAUGCCGUGCCAAUAAAGCACCUUUCAAACUGUUACAACUUGACGCUAUAUUACCUUUGGAUACUGCUCUCAACUACUCACAAUAUCUGGGAGACAUCGACUCUCAGUUAAAUGACAUGGCAAACAAUGUCGACCUAUCCAACUACAAGGUACUAACGACGGACAUGCAGAACAGUUUAAACGACUUCAAAAACUCGGGUAUAGAUUCAAUAGACUUUGCAACUAUGAAUUCUACGCUUGCCCAAAGUAUAACAUCAGUAGACUUUACAUCAACUAUAUCUGCCAUGACGGCGAUUAAAAGUCAAUGUACUGGUACAUCACAGUCAAGAUGGCAGACACAUAUCUCGACAACAACAACUAUAAGGGACGUCGAUUUACCUGCUGUAGAAUCAGCUAAGUCGACUCUACAGACAUCUUUAAGCGCUCUAGAGAAUUCCAUUGGAGGAGUAACAGCCCAGAUUGACAACGUUCUGGCGACAGCUGCUGCAGCAGAUGACCAAAUUCAAAAUAACGUCACUUCCGUUUUAACGUCAGCAGCUGUAGCCUUUAAAAACCAAAUGUUAUCCUACGUUGAUUGUUAUAUUCUCAAAGUCCGUGAUAUGGUGUACAACGACUUGGCGAAAUGCCUACCUUUGUGGACACUCUAUGAAUCAAUGACAACGAUGCUGUGCAGUUACACUGUGGAUGCUCUAAAUGGUUUCUGGUUCGGACUUGGCUGGGGUUUGAUGUUUGCUAUUCCCGCUGUUGUGAUUGCCGUAAGAACAUCCAAGUAUUACAGAAAAAUGAACGAAGAUGAAGGUUAUGACGAUGACGUAAAACCUGAAAAUGAGGAUAUCGACUAUUUUGAAGUACGAUACAAUGCUAUGAAAAAGUACAACCAAAGGCGAGUAGCUCCGGACUAUUAUGACUGA